UUAUUGAUUUAUCGAAAGAUAGGGACCCCAUAUCCAUGAAUCCUCCAUCUGUUAAAGGGGUUCUGCUUCUGCAGGGAGGCCAUCAUUUCCUAGCAAGUCCUUCAUCAACUUAUAUAGUUCAUUGGAGAACAAUUCCAUCUUCAAGAUGGACCCAUCAAGAAUCUCUCUCCGCCCAUUUGCACUCUCCGACGUCGAUGACCUCCUCUCAUGGGCCGGCGACGACCGCGUGACCCGUUUCUUCCGUUGGGACAUCAGGACGCGGGAGGAAGCUCUGGCUCAUCUCAAGAAUGUCGCAAUACCCCACCCCUGGCGCCGGUCCAUAUGCCUCGACGGCCAUUCCAUUGGGUACAUCUCAGUGAGGCCGGGGUCCGGCGAUGAACGGCACCGGGCCUAUGUCAGCUACGCCAUAGGGGCGGAUCUCUGGGGUCAGGGAAUAGGAACCUUCACGCUGCGAUCAGUGGUCUCGGAAGUGUUCGGUGAGUUCCCUGAUUUGGUGAGGUUAGAGGCUUUGGUAGACGUGGAGAAUAAAGGGUCACAGAGGGUUUUGGAUAAGGCUGGGUUCUUGAGAGAGGGUUGCCUGAGGAAGUACAGCUAUUACAAGGGAGAGGUCAGGGAUAUGUUCAUGUAUAGUCUCUUGUCAACCGAUGAUAAGGUUGUUGUGCAUCGUUGAUAGGAAUCGGAUAGUACAGUAUUGACACCACAUUACCGGAAUUUCAGAUUUUGAUUUUGAAGUAUACUUGCGUGGAUUUGGUUAAUUUGCUCAUUACUAGAGUCGAUUGUCGUAGAUUCUCCACAUGAAAUCUUAGAAUUUGUCGCUGCCGAUCGGUUUGAACAGCAUGGUUGGGAUAUAAGUAUUCUCUCUAAGAAUGAUAUAAUACUUCUUGUUGUUGCUA